ACCCUAUACAACUUACUCACCUAACUACUACCACACCUCCCUUUUCUCCCUUCUCAUCGUCAUACCUUCUUCUCUCCAUUCUCAGUAUAUCAUUUCCAAUCCUCCGACUUAUCUCCCGAAUCGCUGGGAAAGAGAAAGAAAGAAGAAUAAACGGUAUCACCAUUGAACCGCCUUGACCUUCUCCGCCCCCGCCACUCCUUUCAUCCUUCCUACCCAACCACUCUACCAUCCCACACUCUCCACUACCACCCUUAUCCUCUCUCUUUAUUUGUGUCUAGACGACCCAUCCCUCACACCUUCGUCCUCGUUCUGUCUCAAGGCGUACAUUUUGAUAACCCACCUGACCCUAUUCUUCGACUCAUUUCAUCCCACCCCUACUCGAUAUCGAAGACCGGACAAUAAUCAUGAUUCUCGCCAUUUGGUUAGGUCUCGGUUUCACUCUACUCCAUGUUCAAGCACAAGGCGAUUUAUCAACCGAUAAUAACGUCACCAAUAUCGAAGGGACUUGGAGUAGUAAUGCCGCCGUUUCAACAGGAGGAGACUUUUGUCUUCCUGCGGAAAUGAAAUUCACUUAUCCUACAAAUACCGGAUUGUCUUAUUCUUUCACCGAGUCCGGAUUCUUCGAGGAAGCUCAAUAUCGUUAUACAGCAAACGCCUCGAACCCAUCAUGUAUCCAAGCUUACAUCUUAUGGCAACAUGGGACAUAUACGCUGAAUGAUAAUGGGUCCAUUUCACUUUUCCCAUUCGGAUCAGAUGGUAGGAUUCAAGUACAGGAUCCUUGUGCGGCUACGACGAAUAUCAUUACUUAUUAUGAUCAGCAGACCUGGUUUUCAGAUUGGGGAAUCACCAUCGAUCAACAAACUGCCAAUUAUGUACUUAGACUGAACCGAUUUGACGGUGCCAAAUUACCCCCUAUGUAUCUAACAGCUCGACCACCCAAUAUGGCUCCCACCCAAGUCUUGACAGGCGUCAAUGCCAGUGGACAAACCGUUCAAACUCGAAAACGGUCAACUAUACCCGUGGAGCAAUUGAAACGCUCCUUUGCACCAGAAAGAAGAAUAGGGACCGACAUGAUGUUCGUCGGUCUGGUCGGUCCUCUGAUCUUGGCCUUGGGGGCUUUCGGUUUGCGAUUGUUGUAAUUCGUAUCGAAUCAAAUCAAAUCAUCAAGUUGUUGUUUAGAAUGCGUCCAGAAGUGAGAUUGGAGCAAAGGAGGGAUGGAAGGGGAAGUGAGAGGGGACGGAGUAGCAUCAAGUCAUUUGGAGAUGACUCAUCAUGAUACACCUUAUUGAAGGGAAGAGACGUUUUAGCGAUUCAAGUUUGGACAUUGUCGCCUUAUACCCACGUCUUUUCCCCCUCACUUCUACUUUCACUGCAUGCAUCUUACGACAUGACAUAUAGUUGAGUUU